AUGGCAGUCUAUCACAGCGCCGAGGGCAGAAAGUUCUUUGUCCCGCUUGAGAACAACCCUCAGGUCUUCACCAACCUAGCCCACGACUUAGGCAUGGAUCCUAAGCUGGCCUUCCAUGAUGUCUACUCCCUCGACGAACCAGAGCUCCUGGCCAUGGUGCCGCGCCCAGCACACGCUCUCAUCUUCAUCACGCCUUCUAACGCGUACCACGCCGUUGAGGCCGAAGACGUCGCCGCUGGCAAGAGAACGCCAGCGCCUCCUAACCGGAAAACCUACUCUAUGGAAGGCUUCGAUGACCUCUACCCGACGGACCAGCCGGUCCUUUGGUUCCCCCAGACAAUCGGAAACGCCUGUGGCAUGGUAGCACUCGUCCACGCCCUUCUCAACGGCUCAUUACGCGAGCGCCUCGUACCGUCGUCGCCACUAGCAGGACUCCUCGAUGAAGCUCUCAAGCUGCCCCUGCCCACUCAGCACGCGGACCUGCUGUAUAACUCAGUCGUUAUAGAAGAUGCUCACAGCAAGGCGGCAGCUAGAGGUGAUACUGCAGCGCCUGAUGCCCAGGAUCCCAUAGGGUAUCAUUUCAUGGCUUUUGUGAAGGGGACGGAUGGGAAUCUCUGGGGGCUGGAUGGAAGCUUUGGUGGGAUGAUGUGCUACGGGCCCGUGAGUGAGGGGGAGGAUAUGCUGAGUAGCAAGGUCUUGGAUAUUGGUGUGCGGCGAUUCAUCAAGGCAGGGCAGGGGAGUUCUGAGUUUAGUAUCAUUGCGCUAUCUGAUGGGGAGGAGUAG